AGGUAGUCCAUCUACUUCUUUUCAAAUCUUUCUUGAAAAAAAAAACAAAGAGAGAACACAAUGAAUUCUUCUUCUUCUUCUUCUAAUUUUCUCUACAAUCUCAAUUUCAACACCUCUUCCCUCCCAUUCAACAUAAAUGAUUCGGACGAGAUGUUGCCCUGUGGCCUUCUCGCACAAGCUGACUCAGACACUACCACCUUAGUAACAAAUAGCACUCCCAUGGCCGAGACAACACCUUCAUCAAAGGAAAAGAAUUAUAGAGGUGUUAGGCGUAGGCCAUGGGGCAAAUUUGCGGCGGAGAUAAGGGAUUCAACUAGAAAUGGAAUUAGGGUAUGGCUAGGGACAUUUGAUAGUGCUGAAGAUGCUGCUUUGGCAUAUGAUCAAGCUGCUUUUUCAAUGAGGGGUACAAGUGCAAUCUUGAAUUUUUCAGUUGAAAGAGUUGUUGAGUCUCUACAUGAAAUGAAAUUUCAUGCUGAAGAAGGUUGUUCACCUAUUGUGUCUCUUAAGAAGAGACAUUCUACGAGGAAGAGGAAAUUGAACAAGAAAAAUAAAAUAAGUAGGGAAGUUGUAAAAGAUAAGAGUAAUUAUAAUGUUAAUAUAGUAGAGUUUGAAGAUUUGGGUGUUGAUUAUUUGGAACAACUUUUGAGUUCAAGUGAUCAUAGUAAUACUAGUAAGCAUAUAUAAACCACAUGUCGGCAAUGACG